AGAUGGUGCCUAUAGUAACAGUAGAUAAUAGUCUCUGGGAAGGGAGUGUGACUGUGGGAUAGUAGGUAUAGUGGGGAAAUAUAAACAGUUGCUGAGCGCCAUGUCUUUUGGCUACAAGGCACCUUGCUACCCAGGAGUUUCACCUAUGUCCUGAGGAGCAUCUCUGUAUCUUACCUUUUGCUUGGUGAGGCUGCAUACAGGAGUGUUGGGGCAUUGGCAACGUGGGUGUCCUCUGACAUACGCUUUCAUUACUCAUCGUUGAGGAUGCUCAAGUUGCCAUCAUGUUAAUGCUGUUGUGCUUUGUUAGAAACCAAAGCUCUUUGGCAAUCAGAUGUGACAUCAUAAAAAUGUCCACAAUAGCACAACCAGCAGCAAGGAUUUCUAAUAUGAGCAAAGCGUCCGACUUGGGGUGUUACUGGAGCUCAGAAAAUGUCAUCAGAGCUAAACUGCCCGUUGAAGUCAACAUAUUUGACUCUGUAACACUGGAAGUGACCCUGAAUUUAAGUGAGAUUGUAUCUUGUAGCUGGGUGCUCAGAGAGAACAGCAUACCAUGCAGAAUGUUACAGAACUGGAACAGCAGCCUCGUCAUUUCUUUGGACGUAGUAAGAAUGUCAGAGAAAGAUGCCGGAGAAUAUAAACUUCUCAUUAACAGUGACAAUGUCAGCUACUCUGCGCAUAUUGAAUUAGAGGUAAAAGGCAAACCAAGAAAACCCUUUUUUAUAGGAUCUCAUGAAACUGUCAGCUGUAUAUCUGAAGGAUACCCAGAACCUACUGUUUAUUGGUUAAUGUGUUCUUCCCCUCAUGGCAGGUGUGAAAACAAGACUGGCAUAUAUUUGUUCAAUGGCACCGACAUUUAUGGCAGGCACAGGGUAAUGAAUGAGCUGAAGUCACAGUUUCUGCUGGAUGAAUAUAUUUGGUGUUGUGCCACUAAUGCCUUUGGCACGGAAUGUACCCAACUGUAUACAAUAGACCUUAAUUCAGAGGGACUCCUACCCAAAAUAUUUGUUAAGGUUGGAGAGCCCUUUAUUAUAAGGUGUCGUGCUAAGAAUGAAACAUUUAAAUUUGGAGUAGAAUGGUCCUCUAACAGUACAGAUCAACUGAGCGUAUUUGAAGAAAGAGACUACAGUAACAGCCAAUCACAUAUGGUCAAAGUCUUAUUCGCAACGUCUUUACAAAUGAAGAGAUCAAACAACGGUAUUUACACCUGCUCCUCAACCUACCUACCAAGCAAGUCAGUCCAGGUCAUCCUCUCAGACAAGGGUUUCAUUCACCUGAAUACUUCCAAGGAAGCAUAUACUAUUGAGCAGAGCAAAGAGUUUUGUUUCCAUGUAACUUUCGAAGCAUACCCAGCAGCGCGUUGUACGUGGCUUUACCGGUCAAAUCACUUCCCAUGUGAAAACGCUACAGAGGGAGCAAGUACGGCCAAGUUCUGCGACCAUAAAUAUAUGCCUGGAGAGUAUACGUUCUACAUAGAGAAUGAAGACGUGCAGCUUAACAAAACAUUCAUUUUAAGUCUACUGAAGAAACCUGAGGUACAUACAGCAUCAAUGCAAGAUUACUUGUCUUGUACUGCUAGCGCCAACCCCUUAGCAGUUUGGUCAUGGAAGAGAAGCAGGGGAGAUCUCUCCAACUGCACAGAAGACAUUAUUGAUGGUUUUUCGUAUGGACUAGCAGAAAGGAUGUCUGACGCUUGGAUAUCCAGGAGUGAGCUGUAUACAGGCAACUUUACAGGGACUUUUUGGAUCUGUUGCUGUGCAGUUAAUGCUGUUGGACUGACUUGUGAAAGGAUGCCUUUAAUAAACACGAAAGCCAUUGUUGAACAAAAUUCACAUUUUAUCCCUGUGGUAACUUGUCUCUGCGUAUUAAGCAUCUUCUUUUUAACUGCACUGAUUUAUAACAAAUCCCAAAAGAAAAACCACUAUCAAAGCCAACUGCAAAUGAUACAGUACAUUGGCCCAUCAGACAAUGAAUACAUAUACAUUAAUUUCAGUGUCUUGGAGUAUGAUUUAAAAUGGGAGUUCCCUAGGGAAAAUCUAGAAUUUGGGAAAGCAUUGGGUUCUGGGGCCUUUGGAAGAGUGGUGACUGCAACCGCCUAUGGUAUAACCAAGUCGGGGGUCUCACUUCAAGUUGCUGUAAAAAUGCUCAAAGAAAACGCUGAUGGUUUGGAAAAAGAUGCACUGAUGUCAGAACUGAAGAUGAUGACUCAAAUUGGGCACCAUGAAAACAUAGUCAAUAUGUUGGGAGCAUGUACAACGGCAGGACCUAUUUACCUCAUUUUUGAAUACUGUCGCCAUGGCGACCUUCUUAAUUAUUUGAGGAGUGAAAGAGAAACAUUUCACAAAACAUGGACAGACGUUGUCAAGGACCAUAACUUCAGUUUCUACAAUAAUUAUACUCCAAACCAAAAAUCCAGUGUGAGACGGGAAAGCCUCCGGGACAAUGGCUCUUAUAUAGCAGAAAACAGAACACUGGUCUCUGGAAACAGUCAACAAAUAGAGGACUUUUCAUUUAACUCUGAGCAAAAUAACAAUCAAGAAGAACAGAUUAAAUAUGAAAACACAAGAUUUUAUGAUGAAGAAGAUCUGCACGUUCUAACAUUUGAAGACCUGCUGUGCUUUUCAUACCAAGUUGCAAAGGGGAUGGAGUUCCUCGAGUCGAAGCUCUGUAUUCACAGGGAUCUCGCUGCAAGAAACAUCUUGAUAACCAAUGGGAAAGUGGCCAAAAUAUGUGACUUUGGACUUGCUAGGGAUAUUGAGAAUGACUCAAACUAUGUGGUCAAAGGAAAUGCUCGUCUGCCAGUCAAAUGGAUGGCACCAGAAAGCAUAUUUGAAGGCAUAUAUACCAUAAAGAGUGAUGUGUGGUCAUAUGGAAUAUUGCUCUGGGAGAUCUUUUCUCUUGGAAUCAAUCCCUAUCCUGGGAUUCAGGUUAAUGCCCACUUCUACAAGCUCCUGCAGAGCGGAUUUAAGAUGGAACAGCCAUUCUAUGCCACGGAUGAAAUAUAUUUCCUGAUGCAAUCCUGCUGGGCGUUUGAUUCUAGGAAAAGACCAUCUUUCCCACAGCUUGUUUCCUUUUUGGGAUAUCAGAUUUCAAAUACGGAAGCUCUGGUGUAUCAGAAUAUGGACCAGCAUAACAAGCAGGAUUCCUCCAGUCUGAAGCACAGUUUCAAAGAGACGAGCAGCGAUAUCCUUCUUGCCCAGGAGCCGCUUAUCUAAGUGUAGUGGGGUUCAGGGGGUUUCGCUUACCCUUUGUAAAAUCGUUCAGAUGCAGGUAGAGAUUUCACUAUGACAAAAGGUUGAACUUGA